GCAAGGAAGGGUAUUUAAGUUUGCAAGGAGGUAAAUCCUACUGUAACGGUAUAGGCCCUGAUAUUCAAGUUUGACGGCAGUUGUGACCAGGUUUUUUAUCAUGUGAAAUUGGUAUUGAUCAACGACCUUUGAUCUUGAGGUUGGAGAUUGAGAGUGCUGAUCUGGACUCGAUGUGAGGCUGUAAAUUAUGCGCAUGGGAGAAAGCCAAGGCACAAAAGAUAGAGCGUUUCAAAGAAAAAGACAAUUGCUAGUUUCUUUCGAGGACUUCAAGAGAGACAUAGUGAUAGUCAAAGCGUAUACACUGUCGCUAUGGUCCUGCGCUCAGUCAGUCUUAUUGGCAGCGAAUUAAACUCCAAGAAUACAGGAUCAUAUGGUUGAUCAUCACAUAUAAUUCCUUUUAUAUAUAUAUAGACGCUCGUUUCACUCCCCCUAAUCGCUUUCCAAUCACACGUUUUCCUAUACCUAUACGCGUUGAUCUCGGCAUGAAUAUGGCACUUUGCUCGAAACAUCGUCCCCAUCAAAAAACGGAAAACAAACACCAAAUCCUCCGGUAUGAUCAUCGCAAUUAAACAAACACAACCCGUCACCCUGUUUCACUCGUAACGACUCAAUAUAUUUAAAAGCAAAACAGCACUAAUUUUUCCGAGUCUAAUCAAUCUGGUUCCAAAAUGUCGCUCAAAAUAAACCACCUUCGCUGCAUAUUGUGAUCCUUGUUUCAUACUCAUCCACUCUACUUGAAACACUACCAUCUCCGCCUGUGAUCGCAUCUAAACAUCCCACUUUCCCACCUGGAUUGGGUAUAAUUCUCUUUCUCUCCUCCGUCAACUAACUGCUGUUGAACGUCUCUCCCAACCUCCUCGUUGCAGUGCAGCGCAGCGUUUCCCAUUCUCAGUCACUCGUUAACAUAGGUGUUGAUCACCUGUUGGUCCGUUAUUCUUCACUACGAUCCGUUCUUUUUCUCAGCAAACUUCUCGACUCUCUUUCCGCCCGCUAAAUCAACUGUCGAGAUGCAUUUCAUCAACCUUGUCGCCGUCUUCAUCGGCCUUGCAGCCGCAGCGCCCACGGCCACACCCACCAAAGACAACAUGAUCGCCGUCUCAACCACAGCACCCAGCGCCUACGAAGAUCCAUACACCUACUGGGCUGCUGGAAACCACUCCUUCAGUACAUGCGACAAGAAGACUUACAACGCGCACCAGGCCCCCAAGAGCACAAAGCGAGCCAACUACAGGGACUGCGCAGCGCUUCUCUCAACCUUUGGCACUCGUAACGGCACUUUCAGCGUCCCCGCUGCUUCCGACGACAAGCGAGAGUACGGCGUGGGAGAUGGACUUGUCAACAUCGUCAAGUCCGGGUCGUGCGCCUUUGCUGUGCGCGCUGACAAGGGAUUAAAGGUCGGCGAUGAUGAUGUGGUUUGGAUUAUGCAGAAGGCCGUUCUUGAGUACUCUGCUGGAACGGAGAUGGCGGCUCGUGGAUCUGUCAAGUGUGCUGCUGAUGAGGCUGGGAAGAAGGGAGGUCUUUACUGGCAGGUUCAUGGUAUUGAGUCUGCUGGUUAUUAGCUGGAUUUGGCUCGGUGGUCUUGAUGAUCAUCUGUUCGGUCGAUGGAUUUGUGGGAAAUUUCUAACAUGAAGGACUUAUUGGAGGAUCAGUUCUGGAACUGUCUUGACGACGAGAUGCGAUUUUUAUGUGCGAUACCCAGGUGUUCACAGAGGAUUUGGCAAGUAAAGAUAUAGCCACAAUGCGUACAUAUUUCUUCUCCUCGCCUCUCUAAACGGACGUAUCAUUCGAUAAUGGUACAAGUCAAUAUCAUGUUGCCAUUAUACCCGUUCACUGAGUUCUCAUUGUCUGUGGCAUCACAGUCCUGCAUCAACAGCCUUGGCAGUUCUCGUAUCCUGACAUUUUCAAGAUGAGUAGUUGAUAGGUUACCACCGAGAAGGAUCUUUCAGAGGGAUCAGUUUCAAGUCAUUAGAAUCCGGCCCCGGUGGUUGAGGG